UUUAGAAACGUCACUCAUUUCGUCAAAUCACUAAUGUCAGUUCUCAGCCGGCAAGCGGCGCAAGCGCAUAUCGCAUAUUCACUCGAUAUUUGUAUAAAUGGGUUAAUUAUAGAGUAAUCGAAAUUAUUCAUUACUUUUAAUUUUAAUUACGGUUAAUAAAUUAGUUUAAUGAUGAGGUCAGGAGUCUCACUGCUUUGUUUUCUAUAUGUGGUGUGCGUGUAUAGAUUUCACGUAAAGGGUUCAGUGACUCGCGAGGACUAUGGGGAAGUGAAGCUUUUCCAGAGUGCGGACACGUACGACGUGGAGACCACCGUGAUGCUCAACGAAGUGUCUCGCGCUGACAAGGAGGUGGCCUAUAAAAUAAAAGCGACCCUAUUAGUGGAACCGGUCUGGAAAGAUUCUCAAGACUCAGAAAUAUUGUUAAAGUUUGAGCUAAAGUCUCCCCAUCUGCUGUCCAGGGGCAAGCAUGUAAAUGCAGAUUUCUUGCCUCAUAAAUCUAUCUGGGACUCUUACCCGCUCUCUACUUUUUAUGCACUUUGGAAUAAGGGCAUCAUAGAAACACCUUAUUUGGACCUCAACGAGCUGACGGACAUUAUUAACUUUAAAAGAUCCCUUAUCAGUUUAUUUCAGUUUCAAGUACUCGAUGGAGAAAGAAAUGAAACAGACAUCUCCGGAACCUGCCAAGUGCUCUAUGAGAGUCUCUCCGCUCAUGUGAUCAGGAAGAUUAAGCGCGGGUGUGAGGACUGGGCCGGGGCCGGAGCGACUCGGCGCCUGACGCGCUACACGCUGGACGCGGCGGGGCUGCGCGAGCUGCACGCCGAGGAGGUGCACGCGGCGGGCGGGCUGAAGGCGCGCGCGUGGAGCCGCCUGCAGCGCGCGCGCUCGCGGCCCGCCGCGCCCGCCGCCGGGCCCGCCGCACGCCCCGCGCCGCCCGCGCCGCUCGUGCCCGCGCCGCUGCCGCCGCCGCCGCUCGACCCGCUGUGGCCCGCUGACGAUCCGUUGGAGGUGGAGAGCGCGAUGGCGGCGGGCUCGGCGCUGUGGGGCGCGGGCGCGGCGGGCGCGGGCGGGUCGGCGGCGGCCGCGCGCGCCGCGCUGCGCGUGCUGCCCGCGCUGUGCGCCGCGCCCGCGCCGCGCCUGGCGCGCCUGCUGCACGCGCAGCCCGACCCCGACGCGCUGCGCGCGCUAGUCGGCGCGCUGGGGACGUGCGGGUCGGCGGGCGCGCACGCCGCCGUGAGCGCGCUGCUGCAGCUGGCGCCGGGCGGCUCGCCCGCGGACGCGCCCGCCGUACCCGGCCUGGCGCAGGAGUACCUCGCCGCGCUCGCGCUCGCGCCGCACCCGGAGGAGAGCGUCGUCGAGGAGGUGGUGAAGCUGAGCGCGUGGCCGAGCGAGGAGGACGAGGCGGGCGAGGCGGGCGAGGCGGUGCGGCUGGCGCGCAGUGCGCUGCUGAGCGCGGCGGCCAGCGCGCGCCGCCUGCCGCCCGCCGCGCGCGCCGCCCGCCGCCUGCCGCCGCGCCUGCUCGACGCGCUGCGAGCCUGCGCGGAUGACUCGUGUCGGUUAGCGCACGUGAUGGCGCUCGGCAACCUGGCGAGCGAGGAGGCGCUGGAGGCGCUGCUGCAGCAGGCGGAGAGCGGCGCGGCGCGCGUGGCGGCGGCCGCGCUGGGCGCGCUCGAGCGCCUGCCGCCCGCCGCGCUGCGCCGGGCCGGGGCGCUGCGCCGCCUGGAGCGCGCCGCGCUGGCGGGCCGCCCGCUGGCCGCGCGCGCCGCCGCGCUCGACCUGCUGCUGCGGCUCAGCGCGCCCGCGCCCUUCGGCCUGCCGCGCUUCGUGUUCCUGCUGCACGAGCGCGGCCCGCCCGAGCUGCUGCGCGUGCUGUGGCAGCGCCUGCGCGCGCUGGCCGCCGCGCACGAGCCGGUGGCGCUGCUGGUGCGCAUGCUGCGGCGCGAGCUGGGCGGCUGGCCCGCCGCGCUGGCGCCGGGCACGUCGUCGGUGCUGACGCGGGCGGCGGGCGCGGUGCCGGCGGGCGCGGCGCGCGGCUGGCGGGCCGAGCUGGACUCCGUGCAGCUGGCCAGCGGCGGCGUGCUGCGGCGCGGCGUCGUGCGCCUGCUCACCGUGGCCCCGGACAACGCGACGGACGAAACGCUGACCGUGGAGCUGCAGGCCAGCGGGCUGGAGUCGAUCGCGGGCGGGGCGGGGGACGCGGGGGCGGGGGACGAGGGG